AUGGGGCCGUCGCCUACCCCCGAUGGCGUGACACCUCCUCGACCUCCUCCGCACAUAUAUGGCAUCACCCCCGGGCCCCAGAGAACUGGCAGAUGGGACCUUCCGCGAAUAUCGCGACUGGCAGGACUGAAGCGCCGCAACGCCCAAAGGAGGAGCUCAAAGUCAGCGCUCCAGCAGAAUUUCGAGUCCUAUAACGACAGGUUUAAUGCCAGGUUCCGUCGAGGAAGCGCAGCCAGGGACGUCCAUCGCAACUACUCCUCCCCCGUCGAGCUCGCACAACACAAGCUCGCAGAAAACGAUUAUCCAAUGUAUCGGAUCGAAGAGGCAUCCCACGAGCCGCCAGCUAGCGAGUCCACUCAGAAAUCGACAUCAGGGAAGCCCAACGUACCUAAAGACCAUCCUGAUGGCCAGACCCUCCUCAAAAACUGCCAAUAUCGAGAAGGAGAGGGAGGAGCACCCCAGAAGGACGGAAGCCCUCAGCGUUCUUCCCAAACCACAGAAGAAGAAGACGCGCCGUCAGGACAGAAGACACAACACCAAAAUGACGGCAAAGAAACGCCCAGCACAAUUGCACGCAUACACCCCAGCCCCAGGCGUUUCCCUCUCAUGACCAAGGGCCCACGGCCCGCCCCCAUGAGCCUCUCCACGUCGUCCUCUGCGCCAUCCACACCGCCGUCAUCCGCACCGCUCACAGCGGCGACCCAGGCCUCUCCAGCAGCAUCAGAGUCAGAGCUCGAGCCAAAGUCUGCGCACCUCGCUCAGGACGAGGCCGGUUGCAGUGCGGUGGGGUGCACGUGGGAGGACUGCUCGCGCAUCCGCGGGACCUUCAGGAUGCCGCUCCCGAGCGCAGCGGGCGAGAGCAAGCCCGAGAAUGACAGCGGCGGCAGCGCGGCGGAGACGAGGAGCGAGGAUGACAUCGUGUCUGUUGGCAACGGUUUUUCUUUUCUCCGGCUGAACUGA